AUGGCCUGCAUAGUCUUAGCAAGAACAGCGCUUCUUUCGCUGGUUUUGCUGUCUCUUGCUCGACAGUUUGCUGAAGGCCACUCAUGGAUUGAUUGCUUCGACACAAAUCUCACGAAAAUCUAUGACGAAAGUGCUUCCUAUAUCUUUGGCGGUGCAGAAGGAAACGGCUUUUGUGAAGGCUACGCAGCUGGAUACCAAGGUCGCGGUCGGAACACUAUUGGAACGGAUUAUACUUACAAAAUUCUAAAGAAUGAGGUCGAGGCAGGUGCUCCUAUUUGUGAGGACGUGGGUCCUAACGCGUACACGGAUUGGUGCACGCGCAUGGUCGUUCCACCGGAGGUAGAAAUUCAUUUUGCCUACCUACCCAAUGGCCACAUUGUGAAAGACAAGAAGGCCGUUGGAACGCAGCAUGGUAUCUAUUGGACCGGCCAGGUAGGUACAUCGCUCACUUCGACACACGAUAUGAUCCCGGAGAAUUUGCUGACCGGAAAAUCGGUGGAUUUCGAUGACGGCAAUUGCGGUGAGACGGUCGACAUCGAUGGCAAUCCGAGUGGUCGUGCAGGUGACGGCAAGCCGUGCAUCGGAUCUUUUGCCAUUCCGAAAGGCACGCCUCCAGGUAUUUACAAAAUGGUGUGGUAUUGGAAGUUUUGGCUAGACAACCUGGAAGCGUAUAAGGACCCGAAUUUGGCGAGAGGAUACUUUGGCGCAGCGUAUACGUCCUGUUUUGAAGUAGAAGUGACAUCCGGUGAUGGUGGUGGUGGUGGUGGCGGUACAGGCAGUACGCCUUCGGAUGCAAAAGCACCAGCUGAGAAGCCGGGCUCUCCGGACGCUUCUAUGGCACCUGGAUCGGUAGUGGCUGCUGAUGCGGAUCCGCCAACAUCACCACCCCUUCCUGCUGCUACGCCUGAUUUGACGCCGCCAAUUGCUGAAGCGUCAGCUUCGAAGGGAAAGGAUGCUCAAGAUUCUCCGCCGGAUGCACCACCUCCUGAAGGAGCGACGCCUGCUUCUACGAAUCCAGUUCCUGAACUUGCUUCGACGAAUACACCUGAAGAAGCCACGCCUGCUUCUACGAAUCCAGUUCCUGAACCUGCUCCGACGAAUCCACCUGAAGAAGCGACGCCUGCAUCUACGAAUCCAGUUCCUGAACCUGCUUCGACGGAUACGCCUGAAGAAGCGAAGCCUGCUUCUACGAAUCCAGUUCCUGAACCUGAUCCGACGGAUACGCCUGAAGAAGCGAAGCCUGCUUUUACGAAUCCAGUUCCUGAACCUGCUCCGACGAAUCCACCUGAAGAAGCGAAGCCUGCUUCUACAAAUCCAGUUCCUGAACCUGCUCCGACGAAUCCACCUGAAGAAGCGAAGCCUGCUUCUACAAAUCCAGUUCCUGAACCUGCUCCGACGAAUACACCUGAAGAAGCGACGCCUGCAUCUACGAAUCCAGUUCCUGAACCUGCUUCGACGGAUACGCCUGAAGAAGCGAAGCCUGCUUCUACAAAUCCAGUUCCUGAAUCUGCUCCGACGAAUCCACCUGAAGAAGCGACGCCUGCUUCUACGAAUCCAGUUCCUGAAGCUGAUCCGAUGGAUACGCCUGAAGAAGCGACGCCUGCUUCUACGAAUCCAGUUCCUGAAUCUGCUCCAAUGGAUACGCCUGAAGAAGCGAAGCCUGCUUCUACGAAUCCACCUGAAGAAGCGACGCCUGGCUCUACGAAACCAGUUCCUGAAGCAGAGGCGUCUGCUUCUGCAGCUCAAAUUUUCAAAGAGCCGCCUGCAGCUCCGAUGGCGCCACCCGUCGUACCAAAAUCUAGUCCAGAGGUGCCUGCCCUGCCAAAAUCUUCUGAUAGGGGUUGUCGUGCGCGCGUACGUUCGUCAGUGGUGAUUGAUUAG